CCAUCUUCUUCACCCACCAAUUCAAUCAACCUCUCCAAGAAACUUCCUUUCACUCGUUUUUUUAUAAAAACGAGUUGCAAGUUUUGAAUUUAACUGAUUUCUUUUUAAAAUUCAUUUCUCAACGUAGAACUGAUUUCGUUUUUUUCAGAAAGGGGCUCUUCAUUUCUAUCUAAGACAAGUUAUCCCUCUUAAUCUUUCUUGAAUUUACAGGUUUUCGUUGAGAAUUCAAGAACAAAUAAUCCCAUUUUCGGACCUGCACUUUCUUGAAACUAAAAAGAAAAAGAAAAAAAAAAUGUUUGGUCACAAGAAAUCUCCCUUGCAUAGAAUUUCCAAGCACAAGUCUGCCGAACCUGGAUUUCCAGCUAACAACAAUAUCCGUUCGAACCCUUUUGGUUCAGACGAUGAGUCGGACAGUAAACAAACCCUUAAACCUUCCGGAAGAACAUCAUCAGAACCUUCUCUCCUUACUUCAAAUUUGAACACAAAUCCUUUCGAUUUUGACGAUGAGGUUAAAGUGAACCCCACUUCCCAAGGCUUUCUUGCUUCGUCCGCAAGAAACAGAUACAAGAAUGACUUUAGAGACUCGGGUGGAUUAGAGAGUCAAACGGUCGAUGAUUUAGAAAAUUACGCGGUGUAUAAAGCUGAAGAGACUACAAAGACUGUAAAUGAUUGUCUGAAGAUAGCUGAGGAUAUGAGAGAAGAUGCUAACAAAACUUUGGUCACUUUGCACCAACAAGGAGAGCAGAUUACGAGGACACACAUUGUGGCUGCUGACAUGGACCACGAUCUCAGUCGAGGGGAGAAGCUUUUGGGGAAUCUCGGAGGAAUGUUUUNACAUGUUUUUAAUGUCGUUAAUGGGCUUUUUUAUGCAGAUGAUCCUGUACAAAGAAAGGGUAACCAUUUGGAGCAGAGGGAGAGGCUCGGGUUGAAUAAGGCCCCAAAAGAAAGGCCACACACAAGCAAACCACUGCCCGAGCCCACAAAUGCCUUGCAGAAAGUCGAGGUGGAGAAGCUCAAACAAGAUGAUGGCCUUGCAGACUUGAGCAAUAUAUUGGGGGAGCUAAAGGAAAUGGCAAUCGACAUGGGAUCAGAAAUUGAAAGGCACAACAAAGCUUUAGAUCAUGUUGAGGACGAUGUGGAAGAGCUUAAUUUCCGAGUGAAAGGUGCUAAUCAGCGUACUCGCCGUCUGCUUGGGAAGUAAAAUGUGAAAAUAUAAAAUGCGUAUUAUUAUUUGUUCGCUAAUGUUAUAUGGUUCGUUUAUUGAACAAAAUUCGACACUUGGCCUCGGCUUGGGACUUUCUUUUUCAUUUCGAUAUAUAUAUAUAUAUAUAUAUUGUAUUUUCUUGCCUGCAUUAUUAGUACUUUUCGACUUGAUAUCUACUGUUGGAUGGGCUUUUUAGUUUUUAUAUAUGUACAUAUUUCUCUACAGAAACUAUAUAUUUUGAGUUGCUGCUAAUAAAGGG